UCAUUGUAGGGCCUCGAGGCGCAAUCUUAUUAAAGCCAACGGUUUGACUUGAGAGCGCCACAUGUCUUCCAUGCGCGUGUGCUGUGGAAGUCCCUCCCCGGAAAAAGAAGCUUGCGGGGGAGAAUUAGGAAGCGGACGAUUGCGGCGGUGACUGACUGACUGACUGACUGGCUGGCUGGAUGUGAUUUGUUGCGGCCCACUCUCUAAAAAAAAAAAAAAGGAGCUCUGAAAGACAACUUGUGAAAAAUUCAAUCGUCUCGAGAGAGGCUGGAGGAGUCGGUUUUAUCCGAGGAGAAGAAGCUGACGGUCCGGGGCCCCUCGCCGGAUGCCCCCCCGACGUGUCUACCGGCAAGAGUUCGUGAGAUCGUCACAAAGAACCUCAACGAAAACCCGACGGGGGCCAUGUCGUCAGUCAUGUCACUCCAGGAGGAGAACCGGGUCCUGCAGGGAGAGCUGGCCAAGCUGGAGGACCUGCUGGCCCACAGCAGGGCGGACCGGGACGAGCUGGCCAUCAAGUAUAGCGCCAUCAGCGAGAGGUUGGAGCAGACGCUACGUUUCGAUUCGGGGGACGAACGUGAUUCCCCAGAGUCUCGCAGCCUGGCUCAGCAGAACGUGGACCUGCGCAGGCGGCUGGAUGAAGAACAAGCGGCCUACAAGAGGAAACUCACGGCGUACCAGGAGGGGCAGCAGAGGCAGGCGCAGCUCGUACAGAGGUUGCAGGCCAAGGUGCUUCAGUACAAAAAGAGGUGUGGAGAUCUGGAGCAGAUGCUGCAGCAGAAGUCAGCAGAGUUUGACAAACCCAGACUGAGUGAUUCCAGUGAAACUUCAAAUGGUCGCUGCCCAGCGGAAUCGAGCAGCAACCUGGAGGAUGCGUUAAUCCGUCUGGAAGAGGAACAGCAGCGAAGCAGCAGUCUUUCCGCGGUCAAUGCCAUGCUGAGGGAGCAGCUGGAGCAGACCAGUUUGGCCAAUGAGGCUCUCGGCCAGGACAUCCGCCGGCUCACUACUGACUGGACCAAAGCCCGAGAAGAGCUGGAACAAAAGGAGUCUGACUGGAGGAGAGAGGAAGAGUCUUUCCAUAGUUACUUUAGCAGCGAGCACAGCCGCCUGCUGACUCUGUGGCGCCAAGUGGUCGGGUUCCGCAGGCACGUCUGUGACCUGAAGAGUGCCACUGAAAGAGACUUGUCAGAGAUGCGUAACGAGCUGGCUCAGGCGUCGCACUCCGCUCAGGUGUCCUGCACGGGUCUGUCUGCCACGCUGCACUCCAGAGAGGGAGGAGCCGCCCUGGCCCUGGAGCGCGAGAAGGCUCUCAGGCUCCAACUGGAGCAGCAACUGAGGGAACGGGUGUCCGACAUGAUGAACCUUCAGGCCAGGACCGACGCGGAGAGAAGCGAGCUCAACCUCAGGUUGUCGGACUCGGUGCGUGAGGGGGAAAGACUGAAGGGCAAAAUUGAGGAGAAGGAGAGAGAACUCGUCCUUCUGUCCAGGAGGCUCGAGGAGCAGAGCAGCAAUGACGGCAGCGACAUGCAGCUGAUGAGAGCUCACACCGAGACGCUCUUGGACACACUGCGGGACAUCGCUCAGACUGUGUUGACAGACGCUGACUCGUCUUCGGAGGCGGACCAGGACAACUCUGCUGCCCCUCUGCUGGCCUUUAUCCACAGCUCCUCCCCCGCCGCUGCUCCUCGCAGGUCAUCCUCCCCCUCGAAGCUCACCUCGCCGUCCCACCCCCCGGAGGCGACCCUUUCAGCGCUACGCUCGGCCGUCACACACAAGACACUACAGCUGCAGGAUACUCGAGGACGUUUGCUCUCUGCGCAGUCCUCCGUACAGCAGUUACGAAAGCAGCUAGCCGAGGCCGAUUCGGCCAAAAGAGAAGCGGAUCAACGUCAUCAAAUGCUGCAGCGGGAGCGAGACGCUGCCCUGCGGGACAAAGAGACUUCGCAGCGAGAGAAGGACCGCCUGAGACAGGAGAGAGACACCCUGGCCAGUGAGAAAAUUAGCUUGGAGAAGACCACAAAGGCAGCUCAGAGCGGCAGUCAGACUCUGCAGAUGGACUUUGAGAAGCUGCAGCUGAUUCUGACAUCCACGCAGCGGGAGAAAGACCGCCAGAGGGAGGAGAAGGAGGCUGCCGUCCAGGAGAGGGACCGGGCAAAGGCUGAGGUCCAGAGGAUUCAGAAGCAGUGGGACCAGAGCGAAAGCCGAGCGUCUGCCCAGCGCGGCGAGCUGUCUGCAGUGAGGGAGACUCACCAGCAGGCGGAGGUCGAGAAGCAGUUGCUGGAGAAGGAGAGAGCCCAACUUUCUGAAGCGCUCACUCAGGCUGAGAGCAGCAAUGCAGAACUCUCUCUACUGAUCAAUAAACUCCAGUCUGAGGAUGCGGCGCUCAAGGACUCUUUGGCCAAAAUGGGCAACAUGAAUGAGGCGCUGUCCCAAGAUAAAAUCGACCUUAACACUUACAUCCUUCAGCUGGAGGAGGAGAAGGCCCUGCUGCAGAUUCAGAAACGCGAGGCCGAGCAGGAGAAGCUGACCAUCAGAGACGAGCUGGUCCGGAUGGAGCAGGACCGGAUGGAGCUGGACUCUGCUCGCGUCACUCUGAAGCAGUCCCUGCAGGACACCGAGCUGACCCGUGUGGGGAUGGAGGCCGAGCUCCAGAGUCUCAGGGCCGAGAGACUUAAGCUGCAAGAGAAAGUCACACAGCUCUGCGCUGAGGUGACCUCCUUGGGUUCUGAGCUAAGCCUCGCCAGAGGAGAGGGCCAGCGGAACGAAGCGGCCUUGGAGGAGGCCGGGCGCGGACGGGCGGAGCUGGCCAGAGACAAAGCAUCUCUUUUAGUUCAGCUCACGGCGUCCGAGAGAGAAAACAACGCGCUGUCGGAAGAACUCUCCGCUUCCAGGUCUGAGCGUGAGUCCCUGGAGACUGCUCUGUUUGAGGCGCAGCAUCAGCUUGCUCAGGUGGAGUCUCGCCGGGAGCAGCUCGCAGCGGACAACCAAAACCUUCGAGUGCGCACAGACACAGCAACAGCUGAGCUGCGGCGCGCACGCUCCGAGGCAGAGAGCGCACUGGCCCAGUCUGAGAAGGAGAAACACGCUGUGACUCACACCCUGAAUGCGGCACACCUGGAGGCCCAGCAAGCUCUGCGCAAGGCCACGUGCGAACAUCGGGAGGAAGUGGAGAAACUUGUCACGGAAAAGGAAGCCCUGCGACAAAGCCUCACGCUGGCUCAUGACAGCGCUCUGAGGAAGCAGAGGCAGCAGUUGGAAGAAGAGCUUCACAAAGCGCAGCGAGAGAAAGAGGAGCUGCAGAGUGAUCUGAGGACGCUCCUCCAUGAUCGAGAUCAGAGUCUACUACAGGCGGAAAAUGAGAAACAACAGGCGCUGUCACUAAAAGAAGCCGAGAAAGCGGCGCUGUGUGACCGAGUGUCGGGUCUGCAGGCCGAGCUGUCGGCCUUGACCCUCGAGGCCGAGCGCAGGGCCCGGGCAGCGGCCCUCUUCAAAGAGCAGGAACAGGCCAGAGUCGGCGCUUUAACAAGUGAGCUGCAGGCGCUUCGGUCGCAGCUGGACGACGCGUCUGCUCUUCACGAAAGGGAUCUUCAAAGUCUCCGGGAGACUCUCGCCGACUCUCAGUCACGUGCUGACGGUGCCGUCAAAGAGCUCGACAAUUGCAGAGCUUCUCUCGCCGCCAGCGAGGAGGGUCGAGACGAGCUCCGGCGAAGCGCCCUGGAAGCGGAGCGCCGUCUCAGCCAAGUCCAGGACGAAGCGGAAACCUACAGAAGGGAGGGGACAGAACUGCGGCGCAGCCUGGGCGAGGUCUCCAAGGAGCGAGACACCCUCAGCCAGUCCAACUGCCAGCUGCGGGAAGCCCUCCGAGGGGCCGAGACCGAGAGGAUCAGCGUGAAGCGACAGUGCGAGGAGAAGGAGCAGAGGCUGGCCGUGCUGCAGGAGAAUCUUUUGUCCGCUCAGAAGGAGGUGACGGAGCUGCGCAGCUGCCUUAGGGAAGUGGAGCGUUCACGGCUGGAGGCGCGACGGGAACUGCAGGAGCUGCGCAGACAGCUGAAAGUCUUGGAUGGGGAGAAGGAGCAGAAAGGCAGGGAGCUGGCAGAGCUGCAGACGCGCUUGUCACUGGAAGAGCAGCGGGAGGAGGACAGAGGCAAGGAGGUUUUUGGCCUCAAGCACAAGUUAUCCGAAGCCGAAAGUGCUCGGGACUCCCUGAAGAGAGAGCUCACACUGGUUCAGAAGCAGCUGGCCGAGUCCGAGUCCGGCUGGCGGGUCUGCGAGAGGGAGCUGACCGCGCAGCUCCAGGAAGCCCGAGGCUGCGAGAAGAAGCUGCAGGACGAAGCCAAGCACCUGUCGCUGCGCACGCAGGCGGCCCAGGACUCGGCCGGCGCGUACAGCCUGCAGCUGAGCGAAGCCCAAGGCCGGCUGGCCGCCACCGAGGCGGAGCUGACGCGGGCCGAGGCCUCCAGGAGGGACCUGGAAUUCCGUCUGAGCGGCCUGCAGUCGGCGCUGACGAGGACGCUGGGCAUCGGCGCCGGGGGGAGGGGAGUCAGGGGCAGGAGUCCCGGAGGCAGCUCUGCGUCCCCCAGCCCCAUGUCACGCCGUCACAGCAACUCGCCACUACGCUCCUCUCUCUCGCCCCCUAAAGAAUUUCACACCAGCACCCCUGACAACACGCUGGGCUCCAGAGCCGUUUCCCCCGAGAGGGGAGGCGCCCCUCUCCCGCUUUCCCAGUCAGAGCUGGACACGGACUCUCUGCGAAGUGGUCUGAAGGACUUCCUCCUGGAGCUCCGUGAAGCACACAGAGAACGCGAUGACGCCCUGUGUCAGCUGGGGACCAUUCAGCGGGAGGUGGACGAGCUGAGGGGGGAUCGAGACUUGGCUCAGAUUCGCCUCGCUCAGCUCCAAAAGAACCUCCAAGAAUACCAAGAAGGCAAGCGAGGCCUGGACGAGCGUCUGACGCACGCCCAGUUUCAGCUCCACCAACAGGAGGAGGCGGUGAGGAGAGGCGACAGAGAGAGGAGGACGCUCACUGACAGGGUGAAGGAGCUGGAGCGCGUCCUGCAGGCCUGUGAGGCCGACAAGAAACGCACACAGGACCAGUUGGAUAAGCAGCGAGCGGCAGAGGUGCGCCUGGAGGCCGACAGGAGGCGCCUGCGAGAGGCGCUGGAGGCGUCCGAAGCGCGGGCCACCCGGGUCGAGGUGGGACGGCGGAGUCUGGAGGGGGAGCUGCAGAGGAUCCGGCUGAGCCUGGGGGACCGGGAGGCCGAGAGCCAGGCCUCCCACGAUCGCCGUGACGCUCUGCUCAAACAGGUCGCAGAAGGAGAAGGCCGAGUUUCGCUGCUUCAGACGGAAGUGGAGCGGCUGAGUCAGUCCCUGCUCAAAGCCGAGGAAAACGAAGCUCUGCUCCGGGAGAAGAACGCCUCCCUCAACCAGAGCCUGCAAGAACUGGCGGGCGCUCACGGCAGCGCUCAGAGCCGCUUGACCGCCCUGCAGAAGGCUUUGAGUAUGACCGAGCAGGAGAAACAACACCUCCAGGAGCGGAUCGACGAAUCCCGGUCGUCGCUGAGCGAAGCCAGGCGGAACAUGGCCGCCCUGAAUGAGCGCGUGCACGGCGUGCAGAGUGAGCUGCACCAGAGCCAGCUCCAGCGACAAGAACUGGAGGCCGAGUUCACCAAAACCCAGGAGCAGGCUCUGCGGCAGCGCUCGGCCAGCCUCGCCGAAGCCCAGCGCGGCGCCCAGGCGGCGCAGACGGAGCGGGCCGUGGCGGAGGAGCGCCUGCGGGCUCUGCAGAGGGCCGUGGCCAUGCUGGAAACUGAGAAGAAAGACGCCGAGAGGCAGGCGGUGAGGCUGGAGAAGGAUAAGAACGCCCUGAGGAAUACGCUUGACAAGGUGGAGCGUCAGAAGCUGAAGAGCGAAGAGGGCAGCAUGCGUCUUUCGGCCGAGAGGAACCGUUUGGAUCGCUCCCUGAACACGGCCGAACAGGAGCUGCAGGAAGCCCAGCAGCAGAUUCUCAUGCUGCAGACGCAGAUGGCUGACAUGGAGCAAUCCCACAGCGCGUGCGAAAGUUUGCUCAGGCAGCGUGACGAGACCCAGCAGGAGGCCGAGAGGCUGAGGGCCAGCUUCCGGGAUCUGGAGAGGACUCUGGGGUCCAGGGAGCGCGCGCAUCGGCACCGGGUCAAAGGUCUGGAGGAGCAGGUGUCUACCUUGAAGGAGCAACUACAACAGGAGAUGAAACGGCGGCACCCGUCGCUUCCCUCCUCAUUUCCGUCGACGACGAACUGAGACUAGAUGCGGCAGCCACGUCGCCAUCAGGGAAAAUCUCAUCGCCGGCGACUCAAGGCAAAAAAAAAAAAAAAAAAAAAAAGUGCCCUCGCCGGCCAGAAUAUUAGGUACCACUGCACUUUUUGAAUCAUCUGUCCGAACGAUUGCGCUUCCGUGAAGAUUCUCGUUUUGCGCGCCCUCGUAGUGGCAGCUGUCCCUUUUAUUUUGGUCGCCUUAUCCAGUUGCGCUUGGGUUCCAAUUAUUAGGAACAGCUCUCGGUAUGAUGCAAUUUAGUUCCGUACAGUCAUUAAAAAAAAAAAAAAAGUUCAACAAAUACCUCUGUGACAGUGUCAAUCACAACUGAGCGUAAUUAUCUUCGGCAACGUUUAAAGCGUGUGCAGGUGUACCUAACAAUGUGACCACUCAGCGUAUUAUACCUGACAUUUGUACUUUUGAACGACGUAUAAGCUAUUCAUCUUGAACAUUCCAGCGAUUAUACCGACAAUUUAAAAAAAACAAAGGUUAUGUUUACUUCACUAAAAACCUAUUUUAGUACUAACUAUAUAAGUUCAUUACUUUGGUGUGACUGUAAAGAAUGUUUUUUCUUAUUAUUAUUAUUUCUGCGAUACUACUGGUUUACUGUGUAAUUACUGCCAGGGUGUCCCAAAUAUUUACAGAUACAAACCCGAGUACACAAACUUACAAACAUACAUCCUGUAUUGCCAUGAUAUCCACAUAUACCGUAAUUCCCGGCCUACAGAGCGCAUCUGGUUACAUGCCUCACUGAGUACAUUUGUAAAGGAAAUACCAUUGGCUACAUACAUGCACCGCGGCUUUUACAGAGCUGCCCACAUUGAAAUACGAGCUAUUUACAAAGAAAGACAGUACACAGAAAGAGUUUAAUGCUAGCGCUGCGCUAAGUAUAGCGCCAUGCUAACGCUAGUGCUAACUCUAGCGCCGUGCUAACGCUAGCGCCGCGCUAAUGUUAGUGCCGCGCUAAUGCUAACAGGGCUGGUUAAAAUAAAACUUACUGGUAAACACCAUAGAGACAUGCCAGUAACACAGCAGCAACACGUUAACACAGCGCUAGCGCAGCGCUAACAGGGCCGGUAAAAGUCACUUGCUCAUCACAUAUAUUCCACCAAUCUCAUUUUUACCUUUUCCGAUCGAGUUCCCCUUUGCGGCAGUUAGAAUAAAUCCACAAAUUAGCAUCACCGCAUAAACCGCAGGGUUGAAAGCGCUUGUAGCCCGGAAAUUACGGUACUGGACUCAAGACUAAUUAUGAAUCACGUUAAAUGCAUUAAUUGACAACAAAACAUGAGCCUAAAACCCUUUUGCUAACAAAAAAUGAGUUCCAACUGUUAGCUAGUUAACAGCGGCACGUGUACAGCAUGUUUGUGACAAAGAAUAAACACACUUGCGCAAUGUGAAUAAACGAGUCAAGUCACAUGCUGAAAAACUGUCGUCGGGAAAAACGAUCAUCUUUUAAUAUCUUUUAAUUGUGAUAGCCCUCUCAAAGCUGAGGUCAUCUUCUUGGCUGAUGUCAGCGACUGAAUGACUUUUUUUUUUUGGGGGGGGGUUCUACUUAUUUAAGUACAGUAUAAGAAAACGACAAAAUACAACGCAUGCGAUGAAUACGGUACAGUAUGCAAAACAAAAGCGAGAGGCCUCCGCAUCUCUUAAUACGGCACCAGUGUGUUGAGUUUAUAGCACCAGUGAUUUGUACAAUC